AUGGAGCUCUCUCUGAUUGAGGAACAGCGAAUUAAUAUCAAGUUUCUUGCAAAGCUAGGCAAGAAUGGUCGUGAAAUUUUCGAGUGUUUGAAACAAGUUUAUGGAGACAAUUCUCUGAAGGAACCAACUGUGAACAAGUGGUUGAAAAGGUUUCGGGAAGGCCGAGAAGACGUGAAAGAUGACCAACGGUCAGGACGCCCCUCCACAUCGACUUCUGAGGAAAACGUUGAACGAAUUCGUGAUGCCUCGGAGAGAGACGUAUUAAGGGACCGUCUCAGCACGGCCCGAACAUUGGCAGCCGCCUCCACUUCUGAGGAGAGCGAUAGAAGACUGCUGAUCAAGACGGAAAGCCUCGGCCUGCUAAUUUGGAAAAGCGCGCCAGACAUUCAAAGGAUACGCGGCCAGCAGGACUCGCUGUGA